GGCAAAACAUUAAACAUGGGUUGGAGCAGGGUUGUUUGGUUACAUUGGAUGGUUUUCGAACUUGUUUGUGUCUUUCAUUAAUGGAUUCAGUGUUGUUUUGCUAUGUCUGAAAUGUGUAUAGUUGGUUAGGUGACAAAUGUGGAAGUGUCAUAAAUGUGGAAAGCCCGUCUAUUUCGCAUAAGGGAGUGCCAUACUGUCAUGUCCAUGCUAUGGUGCUCUGUUUUGGUCCUCAGCUAUUUGGGCAUGGAACCAGGGGUAGAAUCUCAUACCAGUUUUUGGGAAGGUGGAGAAUCGUUCAGGUGGACCAAAUUUGCCCAGGUAAAUGGACGUCUUGUAUUGGAAGGUGCAUUGCGAAUACAUUGGGGAGUUAUAGGAAUGAUACAUUUAAAAGAAGAUGAUGAUCAGCGAACGGUGGUUACAAUAAGAAAACGUAAUUCAUGUCGGAGUGAAGUCCUUAAUGGCAUAGAGGUUGUUGAUGAACAAAAUCUUUCUGAAAAUGAAGCAGGUAAUGACUUGGAAGCAAAGGAUGACAGGGAAGCUGAACCUGAUGAACUUUCUUCUUCUGAAACAACAAGUGUAUUGAGUAAUGAAACAGAAUUGAAACAGAGGUCAUCAACUUUACCUCCAAAGCUGGAUGUGAAGCAGAUUGAUUGGGAUGAGUUAGAUGAUUUGUUACAAGUGGAAAGGAAAGUGGAUGACAGUGAGAAGCUGUACCAGACAAUGCCAGGCAGCUUGCCAAGUGUGUCCCAGACAAGUGGGGAGGGAUCUGAUCAUAGUGCUCCUAGCCUUUCAGCUCAGUCGAGCGUGGACACCACUGAAAGCCCAACUAGUGAAGACAUCAGUGUGAGGAGCGUUUUCAGUGACUCUGGUGUGGGAACAGCAAAUAGAACUUCAAGGUCAAAUGCUCAUGAUGAGGAAGGAGAUACAUUGGAUCAAGAGCUUUCUAACAUGAGCAAAUAUCCUAACUUGGAUAAAAACCUGAAUCGGUCUAUGAGUGGACCGGAAUGCUUGGAAAGACAUUGGGACCAUUGUACAAAUGAUGACACUCUGAAGUCAUCCUACCUGUCUGAAUCCCUGCGGGAAGAUCUGGAUCAUGGGGAAGAAGUUGUUGUUUUACGUAAAGCUGCUAAAACGGGGUCAACUGCUAUUCGACGGAGACCUGGUAAAAGGCGCUCUCGCACAAAGUUGAAGCGACGUUGUUCCAUUAACGGACACUUCUACAACCGUGAAACUAGUUUUUUUACUCCACCACAUGGUAGCCAGAUGAGUGUCUGGGUGACUUCCCUUGUCAACACCCAAGAAGUAAUCAAUUUACUUUUGGAGAAAUACAAAGUGGACAGCAAGGCUGAUAACUUUGCUUUGUUUGUGGUCAGGGACAAUGGAGUAUUCCAAAUUAAAUUGAAUCCAAAAAAUAUAAAUUGUAUUGUGGCACUUCCUUAUGUGGUUCCUUGUGUGACCUGGUCUGCAAUUGAAAGAAUGUAUUUAAUUUUUUAUCACAUACAUUCCUCUUCAUUCUUGGUUGCAAAUUUGUGUAUUAAUAGUUUGCAUUUGAAUGUUUUUAGGGAGCAGCGUCGCUUACGAGAUGAUGAAUACCCCUUGUUAGUCCGAGUUAUGUUGGGCCCACAUGAAGAUGUUGCUAAGUUGUUUUUAAUGGAUCGUCAGAACACUCAAGAAAUUAGUUGUGAAGUUGCUCAAUUUUUGAAUCUGAGUAUUGCUGAAUGCCGUGCCAUUCUUGAACGUUAUCAAGACGAAGAAGAGAGAGAGAUGAAAAGAGUGCGACUUAAAUUUCGAGAAAUGCGCAAAAGAAUUAAGCAAAGAAUGGAAGAUUUGAAGGGAACUAAUGAACAAUUAAAAACUAAUAUUACAUUUAAAAUUUCAUUUAAAACUCACUAA